AUGUGUUUGAGUUUAUCCUGUCACCCGGGCUUUCUUGAACAAUUGCCAUAUGUGUGGAGUCAGUGUGAUGCAAUUUACCAUGCUUGUACCAAUCCGGGAAGUGUCUUUUUUUCUUACGCAACCUCUUUCGUGUCUUCACGAAUAACGGCAAUGGCGAAAUCGCCCCUUUUUAGGCUAAAAAGCCUGUUUAAAAACUGUAUUGUUUCCCCUACUAACGACACCUGUUCCGAGUCUCUUUCAAGUGCUGGCUCCAGCGUUGAAAUCAAUGCGUCAAAUUUAAAAGCCUAUGAGAAACGUCUAGAAAGGCUAGUCAAAGUCCUCUCGCAGUAUUCAUGUCUACGAGACAAAGAGUUGGAUCAUUUCUACAAUCUUUGUAGUCAACCAUGGUUUUGGGGUCCACUUACUCGUGUUGAAGCUGAUGCACUGUUGCAUUUUGCACCAGAUGGAUCUUUCAUCGUUCGUGACAGUGAAAACGACAAUUCGAGAUUUACGCUCACAUUCCGUUUCUCCAGCGAAGUUAUCCUUAACAAUCGGAUUACCCAAACUGGUAAUAAAUUUGGAUUUAUUCAGGGUGAGGCCUUUGAGUCAAUCCAAGCUUUGCUAAAAAACGCAAUGUCACAUUCUGAGUCGGGGGCCUACUGUUUAUCAAAUGCAACGUUUGAUACUGAAGCGUCUGAUCCAUCCGCUUUGGUCUCAGAAAGCAAAAAAGUUCGCCUGCUUUACCCCUUUAGCCGAUUCUCGAUAGUUCCUCCCUUGCUAUUUCUCUGUCGCUUCGCUCUACUUCGAUUUAUUCGAACUGCCCAUGGGGAUGGUAUAUGGUGUUGUUCCUGGCGUAAACGCGAGUCUGAUGGAAAGGAUCUAAUAAUUACCGGUUGUUUGGACAACACUCUCAAGCUAUGGAAUUGGGAUGGCAAUGCACUCAAUCUUUUAGGUUCCUUGGAUGGUCAUCGCUUAGGUAUCGUCUCAGUCGACAUCAACAAGGCAGGCACCCUUGCUGCUUCUGGUAGUCUCGACAACCAGGCAAGCCUCACUAUAAUAUUUUGGGACCUUGAGCAGUGCCGUCAGGUGAGCGUGUUCGAGGGCGAGCCGGCGGAGACGUGGUCAGUGGCCUUCUCACCCGAUUCGCGCUUCAUCGCCACCGGCAGCCACUCCGGUGCCGUUCACAUGGUUGGCGUGGAGUCUCACAGGCUGGAGAGCUCCAUCAGUCUCGAUGGAAAGUUUGUCUACUGUCUUGCUUAUAGUCAGGAUGGGACGCGAUUGGCCGCAGGCGCAAUCAGCGGAAUCGUGAGCAUCGUGGACCUGCGCACGGGUGCCAUCUUUCCCCUCGAUGGCCACGCCAUGCCCGUCCGCUCCGUCGCCUUCUCACCCGAUGGCCGUCUUCUUGCUUCCGCCGCUGACGAUAAGCAGGUCCGCAUCUAUGACGCAAACGAUGGACGCCUGGUGGUAUCGAGCUUGAACGGCCAUUCCUCCUGGGUGGUUUCGGCAGUUUUUAGUCCGGACAACCGCCACCUAGCCACCGCAUCCACCGACAAGACUGUCCGGGUGUGGGACGUCGCCGCAAAGACCGAGGAGCACGUCUUCUCCGACCACGAGGAUCAGGUCUGGGCUGUGCGCUACAACGAUGAUGGCUCUCAUUUGCUUUCUGUCGGCGGCGACCAAAAAAUUAUGGUGUACACAUGUCCCAACUGUUCUCAAUAA